UCUAACUUAUAACUACUUCAUAUGCAGAAAAAAAUUCAUAGAACCGACGGAAAAUUCAGAAACCCUACCGGAAGUCACAGUUUUUUUUUGCCUGAACGUGCAAUGUCUCUCUUCCGUAAAUUUCUCUUUCCACCCCCAUCUUCAUUGUUCGUCAACGCAAUGUCUUUUAUUGGCGUCAUCUCUCUGUGUGCGAUCGGAUUUGGAGAGAUCAGAGGCAAGCAUCUGAAUUACUCCAAAUUCUGGAGAUCGAAUCCGGAAAAGAAUCUGAAGAAAGAGAAUUCAAUAAGCAGUACCAAAGGGAUGCUCACGGUGUACACGCCCGCAUUUGUUGCUUCCAUGGUUUCCUUUGGCUUCAUCGAGUGGCAACUGCGGCCGUUGUUAUUGAGCUCCACCCUGGCUCUUCAUUUCUGCAAGAGAAUCGUCGAGGUACUGUUUGUUCAUCGGUACAGUGGAGGCAUGAUGCUGGACACAAGCUUCCUCAUCUCUCUCAGCUACUUCCUCUCCUCAGUCACCAUGAUCUACUCUCAAUCCCUCACCCCCGGCCACCCCGAACCUGCCCUCGAUUUGAAGUACAUUGGUGUUCCUCUCUUUUUGUUGGGAAUCACUGGUAACUUUUACCACCACUAUCUCCUGUCAAAGCUCAGAAAGAACCAAAGUGAUGGCUACAAGAUCCCUAGUGGUGGACUGUUUGGCCUUGCAGUUUGCCCACACUAUCUCUUUGAAAUACUAGGCUUUGUGGGGGUUACCUUCAUUGCUCAAACACUCUAUGCAUUGGCCUUCACAUUGGGCACCAUUAGUUAUUUGAUGGGAAGAAGCUAUGCUACAAGGAAAUGGUACCUCGCUCACUUCAAGGACUUCCCUAGAGAGAGAAAGGCUCUUAUACCCUAUAUUUUCUAGUUUUAGGGCACCCCAGAAGAGAGAGAGAUCCUCUUCCAGGUUUUGGGCAUCCCACAAUGUAUUGUGUGCAAUCAUGACUUUUCAUGCUUCAGACAAGAAACAUUAAACUGCUCAAUGUUUAAAAGUUCAUGGAACCACUUGUAUAUGAGUGCGACUGUGUAGUGAUUGGCUCUGUGAGUAUAUGACUAGAAGGAUUUCAUUCAUCCCA